AUGGAACAGCAACCAGGAAUGUGGAGACCUUGCCAAACAUUCUACCACACACAUCAUCCAUCUACAAAGCCAAAACACACCACAUCACAUCGAUCACAACCACACAACACUCAUAGCACAAAAACAAAACUUCGUCAACAACAACAACAAUAUAAAUUUAAAAAAACAACACAUCAACUCUCAUACCAUCAAACACCUAUAAUUAUCUAUCAAUCAAAAUACACACCACAGAUAAUCACAACACAUUCACAACAAACACAAUAUUAUCGACACCUCGAUUACAGUCGUCAACGCACUACGCAACUCAUUAUUCCAACGUCCAUCCACUUCACAGUCAAUCAACACUUUCCCACAACAAACAUCCACUUCAAAAUAACAACAAAGCAAAUCACCAUCAUCUAUCUAUCCAAUAACACGAUACCUCAAAAUCAUUCAUCAACACAACGAUUCAACAAGAAAAAUACAACUACAACACCAUCAAUACACACAACAAAUUAA